AUAGGAAUAGCGGUGUUCUUUUACCACGAGUGCUCGUCACCAGGCCUGGCCGCUCUUGGUUUACCGGUAUACCACACCGUGAGGGUUCACGACGAACCGGCUCCUCAAUGCCACUGGGCCACAGUGGCACCGUCUUCGUCGUAUCGACAGCGCGGGGUCAAUGAGUUCUGAGACUUGGUGCCAGAGGCCUUGCCAACUGCUUUUCUCGUUCCUCUCGAUGGCCUUGUACAUUGCAGUUCGAACUUCACGGCGGAGUUCCCGUAUCUCUUGCUCUAGGAUUACCAUGAGGACACCUCUACCGAUGCCCGCGCAGCCCCCUUUGUUGUGCAUCUCUUCCUUCCAUCCAGUACGGGUCUGGUCCAUCGACUCCAGUGUCUACAAUACUACCGGUACAUCACCAUCUAGGCCCAGAGAAGGGGUAUCCUCCUCCGAUCGCCGUCUUCCAUAUCGACGUUGUGACUGCUACUCCGCUCGUGGGGUUUCUCGACGCGGCCUUCUCUCGUCCGGCAGCUGGAUGCUGUUCCGUCUCUUCUUAUCCACCCGAAACUUAUGCAAUGGGAAGGUGAAGGUAAGCAAUGAUCCCUCACCCGCCGCUCCCGAUGCCACGCCUUCCAAGCCGCCUCCGGUCCUGUCCUAUCACGCAUGGACUUGGCCUUGGUCUCUCUCUCUCCCCCCCUUUUCUUCGACGAAGACAAGGGUCGAAAUCCUCCCGCCUGACUGACUCCUCCCCGACGACUUGGGCCAGGCAAAAGAGACGGAAAAAAAAAAAAAACCUGUUAGUCCCUCCUGCCCAUCCCUGCUGCCUUGCUUCCCUUUGUCACAGCAGAAGGCUGAAGGAACCGCCUCUAUCGCAAAUGGGAGCAUUUGAGUGUGCGAUGGCCUUUGUACACCCUCCCCCCCCCUCUCUCUGGCCUU